UCUCUCUCUCUCAGCUAGGUAGGGUUUCCUUCCUCCCCGCGACGCCGCCCUCCUCGUUCCCCGCGACGACGCCCUCCUCCUUCCCCGCGACGGCUCUCUCUUCCCUCUCCGAGGACCUGCGCUCCUCUCUCUCCGACGCCCUCCUCCCCGCCGCCGACGCCCUCCUCCCUCAUUCGUUAUGUUUUCUUGUUGUUUCUGUUUUUGAUUGAUUGCUUAGAUGGGGGCUAAAGAGGAUAAUUUUGUUCAGGAUGUACCUGAUGAAUUGGAAUUGAAAGCCAAAAAGUAUCUCCGGGGAGAUGGAGCUAACCUGGAGCUUCUACAAGAUAAGAAGUUGAAAGGGCAACUUGCUGUUAAAGAAAAACGAUAUGGGGAGUCUGCCAAAGCUGCGGCUAAGGCCGAAAAGUGGCUUAUGCCUUGUGAGGAAGGCUAUCUGGAAGCCGAAGGUUUAGAGAAGACAUGGAGGAUCAAGCAGGAGGAUAUACUUCAAGAAGUAGAUAUUAAUAAUUCUAGAAAGCCAUUUGAUGUGAUAUUGCCGGAGUUAGGACCAUAUACACUCGGAUACACAACGAGUGGUCGUUACAUGAUGAUGGGAGGGCGCAAGGGUCACCUAGCAAUGAUUGAUAUGAUAACUAUGGAUAUAAUUAAGGAGUUUCAGGUUAGAGAAACUGUCAGGGAUGUGGUGUUCUUACAAAAUGAGCAAUUUUUUGCAGUCGCUCAGAAAAAGUAUCCCUAUAUCUAUAACCGGCAUGGUACAGAAAUCCACUGUCUCAAGGAUCAUGGUCCACCACGAAAGCUCCAAUACUUAGACAAGCACUUCCUCUUAGCAUCCAUCAACAAAUUUGGUCAGCUUCACUACCAAGACAUCAGCACAGGCACUAUGGUAGGCAACUACAAGGCUGUCCGGACUGAAGUGAUGCGCGUAAACCCCUAUAACGCUGUGAUCAGCCUCGGACACAUGAAUGGCAACGUCACAAUGUGGAAGCCCAUGAGCACGAAACCCCUAGUCACCAUGCUAUGCCACAAAGGUCCAGUCGCCGCGUCCGGCGUCGACCACACGAUAAAACUGUGGGACCUUCGGAAGUUUGAGUGUCUUCGUACUUAUGGUGGCCGCGCCCAAACCCUUGAUUUCAGUCAGAAGGGCUUGCUCGCAAUGGCGAGCGGAUCCCAGGUUCACAUAUGGAAAGAUUCUUUCGGGGAUCAGGAGUAUGGGAAAUAUAUGAGUCAUUCAAUGCUGAAGGGUUAUCAGGUUGGAAAAGUCUGUUUUCGACCUUAUGAGGAUCUUUUGGGGAUUGGACAUUCGAUGGGUAUUUCGUCGAUUCUUGUUCCCGGAGCGGGUGAACCUAAUUUUGAUUCUUGGGUGGCGAAUCCUUAUGAGACGAAGAAACAGAGGAGAGAGAAAGAGGUGCAUUCUCUCUUGGAUAAGCUCCAGCCCGAGACGAUUAUGUUGGAUCCGAGUAAGAUUGGGACGGUGAAGCCAACAAGAAGUAGAAGAGAGAAACCGAGUAAAAAGGAGCUGGAGGAAGAGAUGGAGGUAGCUAUUGAGGAAGCUAAGAGUAAGCCGGUGAAGAACAAGACGAAGGGGAGGAGUAAGCCGAGUAAAAUCGCGAGGAAAAAAGAGGAGGAGGUGUUUAGGGUGAAGAGGUCGGUUUUGGAUAAGCAAGAGGGGGAGCAGCGGGCGCUGAAGAAGCAAAGAAUUGCGGAGGCGGCUGAGCAGUUGCCGAAGUCUCUUCAACGCUUCGCUCGGAAGAAGGCAGUGUAG